AAAAACUUGUUAGCAAUUAUCACUUCAAUACCCCCACCCCCCACUCGACAAUCAUUGUCCUACUACUAGUACUACUACUUCACCUCUUCAGUUUUCUACUCUACAGCUACUUUCUUCUUACCACCAAACACUACUUAUUCUAGCCGGAAAAUUAAUCGGAAUCUUUGCCUAUUUAAUGAUCUUCUCCAUAUUGGGUUGCUUUCUAUAUCAAGAUCAACUUCACUCUUACUGAUAUAUUCUUAUUUACAGCACCAUGCAGUUAUUGAAUGCUAUAUAGAGAUACAAAGUGAUCUUACAAACAUCAAAAUAUUUGAGAUGAGCGACCAGACAUCUGAAUUUCAUGUUGCACAACAUAGCCGGAGAGAAAGGUUGAGGAUUAAUUCGGAGCAACAACUCGACCCCGGUAUUCUUCAGCCAUAUCAGUAUAGAAAUAUUUCGUAUGAUCCAUCUUUAGUCCUGUCAUCUGAAAUGCUUAAUUUCGUGACAACAAGUACUGAAUCCGUUGUCCCUAGUGAUGUGACACAAAAUUGUAACACUUGGAAAAACGUCGGUACCAGCUGUCUUUGGAAUAAUGUAGCAAAUUAUUCAAGUGGAUCAGGAGUUAUUGAAAAUAAUCUGAGUCCAAUGUUUGUUGGAGGUGAAGGCUUGAAUUUGAAUAAUAUUGAUGUGAAGCCCAAUUUCUUUGGUGGUUAUCAAGAAAUGCAGCAAUCUCCGGCCGCGACUAAUAAUUCACCCACUAAUAAUAAUAUGCAAUUUAGCACUCCUGUACUUUACCAUGACACUCUUCAAGAAGUUGUUACUUCAGCUACAGCUGGAACUCAAGGUGUAGAAACGGGCCGGGUUGGUUCGUGGACUGAGAAUGGCAAUGAACUUCUGCUGCUUCCAAAUUAUAUUGAUCAAUCGCGCCACUUAUUUGGCACAAAUUCGAGUACAAAAGGUCAUGAUAAUUCGAAUGCUCAAGCCUUGGCUCUUUCACUUUCACCAGUUCCAGCAUCAAAAACAAAUAUGGUGCAAAUGGAAAAAAGGAAUAAUGCAAUGGCGCCUGAAAAUUUUGCUAUUGCACAUCGAAGUGCAGUGCCACUUGGUCCUUUCACCGGUUAUGCAACGAUACUCAAAAGCUCAAAAUUUCUAAGGCCUGCACAACAAUUGUUGGAUGAACUCUGUGAACUUGCUGCCGGUUCAUCAGAUGCGAUUAAAUGUUCAAAUUACUCGAAGAAAUUUCGUGAUGGUUUUAGGGUUUCUUGUGAUGUUAAUGCUUCUGAGUCUUCAUCAGGAGCUGUUGUUGGAGAUUCGGGUGGUUCAAGUGAAUCCACUGUGCGGCCUGAGUAUCUGCAAAAGAAGGCAAAGCUAAUAUAUAUGCAGGAUGAGAUUUGUAAAAGAUACAAGCAGUAUCAUCAGCAAAUGCAAAUGGUGGUCUCGUCCUUCGAAACCGUGGCUGGUCUAAGUGCAGCAACCCCGUACAUUUCUUUAGCUCUCAAAACGGUCUCACAACAUUUUAAAUCACUGAGGAAUGCUAUCUCGGAUCACCUAAAAAACACAAGGCAAUCGUUAGGAGAAGACCUGCCAUCCCCUGCAUCUGGCAGUAAGGGUGAUGGAACUUCGUCACGGUUGAAAUUCGUGGACCAGACGUUACAUAAGCAGAAAACUGGUGGUCCCGGGGUCGCCUUUUUUGAGUCCCAACAACAUGUCUGGAGGCCCCAACGAGGCUUACCAGAGCGUGCUGUGGCUAUUCUUAGAGCUUGGCUUUUUGACCACUUCCUUCACCCGUAUCCUACAGAUAGUGAUAAGCACAUGCUGGCUUCUCAAACUGGCUUAACUAGAAACCAGGUUUCUAAUUGGUUCAUCAAUGCACGCGUUCGCGUAUGGAAACCAAUGGUUGAAGAAAUUCAUAUGCUGGAGACUAGAGAGAAUGGUCCUACUGUCCGGAAAUCAGAGGGGAAUAAGCUUGUGACAGAACGAGCCAACAAUGUAAAUGAUGGAUCGCAUAGGAGUAGCAGUAUUAGCAUGCCAAAUUGUGGCCAAAACUUGAAUGUACUCAAUAUGAGUGGCAUGUCAGAGGGCCCGGGAAUUGGUCCCUCUGAACGAUUAGAUGAUCAUAAUGAUAUGUGGAGGAAUCAAGAAAAGCGUUCGAGGUUAGAGUGUCACAUUCCUUCAAGCAUGGACGGUUCGUUGAUGGGGUUUGUGCCUUACCACCAAAGAAAUGCACUAGAAAUCGGGGGUAGUAUCGGAGCUGUGUCAUUGACAUUGGGUCUAAGGCAAAAUGCUGAGGCUGCACAACAGCAACAAUUGCAGCAACUACACGAACAUCGACUUAGGCAGCAGUUUGGGGGACACAUGAUUCAUGAUUUUGUAGAUUGAAGGGAAAAAAAAAGGACUAAGGUGAUAAUUGUUGUAGCAGGUGUAAGUAAGUUAAUGCCAAAAAAUGUGAUUAACACAAGAAAAAUGAUGAAUUGUUGAUAUAUUCAGUAGGAGUAAUGAGGGCCUUGUAGAAUUGUCAUUUCUCCCGUAGUACUAGUGGAUGAAAAUUAUUACUGGUUUAUAACGCAGUUUUAAUUUCACCCUAUUUUAUAACAGUGAUUUUCAUGCAA